ACAGUUCAUCACAACAAUAACAAGAGUCUCUUAUUUUGAAGUCAUCAGUGUCAUUCCGGAAGUGCAAGUCGGAAGGAAGUAGAAAAAUAUAUCUCGUCUUUGUGAUGAGCGACGGGCAGGUUGAAAUCCAAACAGGUUCAGUCAGCGGCUCCGUUACCGACAUCGACGCGUGUUUCCGAGCCCGUCGGAGCUCCGUGACUCCCGUUAGGAGGUGUCUCAGCCCGGUGUGGUUUCCUCUCGAGCGGCGGGAUGGCUGUUUUAACCAGCAAAGCUCUUCACGAGCAGCUCUGUAUCAUCAUGGGCGCGCUGACUAAGGCGGCGGUGGCGGAGAUCUGCGAAGUGGUGGACGAAGGUUACGCGGUGCUGCAGAUGGAGAUCACCCGCAGCCACAAGGAGAACGAGGACCUGAAGAAGAAGCUGCACCUCAUCGAGUCCAUUGUGGUCCGGGGGAGCGGCGGGGGGAACGCGGCGGCACUGGAGUUCGCGCCGGCCGCGGAGGGCGCACAGCAGGCGGAAACACAGCAGCAGCAGCAGCAGCAGCAGCACCGGGACGGUGAUGGAGGAGCCACCGCCGUGGCUCCCGGAGGAGAUGGAGGAGGUGCCGUGGUGGCGCGGGAGGAGCUUCCAGACGUGGUGUUGAUCAAAGAUGAAGACUCGGACAGUAACGACGCCUUUGAGGACGGUAACACAACACCUGCUGAUGGAGGGACGGCUGCAGCCAGGGAGGCCGCCACCUCGACUCCCAUCAGCCGGAGUACGAAGAGACACUGGCCGGCAGGCGAGGAGGCCAACAGGAGGUCGUCCUCUGAGCCAAUUACACUGAAAACCACAGGGGCACAGAAGAAGAGCGUCACCGUCUACACUCUGGACUCUCCUCGCAGCGAGCCAGGCUGCUCCACCCAGCAUGGCGGUGAUGAGAUGGAGGCUGGCGACUCAGUUUGUUCCUACUCUGCACAGAUGGACGCGGACGUCCAGCUGGUCCACCAGGAGUCCUCACUGGUCCCUCCGAGUGCUAACAGACAAACGUAUUUUGGUAACAGCGCUCUGAUGGAGUCCCCCACAAACAGAGCAGAACUAGAUCUCAGCCUGACGUGGACCAAACAGUCGAAAAGUCAGAUGAGUUAUACUCAGUUUCACCAAAACGAAAACCUGGACAGUGAUGCUUUCGGGCUUAAGAUGAUCAGCGUCACAGGCUCGACCUCCACAGACUGCCAGCUGUCUGAAAGCAGCAACUCUGCAUUUGAGUACGACGAUGCCGACAUGAUGAACUACGGCCUCUACAGGGACCAAUCGGGGCGACCUCAGCUCAGUCAUGGGCAGCUGAGCACUCGAGGGAAGCGCUUUGCAUGCGCCAUCUGUUCUAAGACAUACGCCACGUCUCAGAACCUGGACGUUCACAUGCGGAUUCACACAGGCGAGAGGCCGUUCAGCUGCAGCCAGUGCGGCAAGAAGUUCACCCAGUCUGCUCAUCUAAAGUCGCAUCUGAGCGUUCACUCCGGAGAGCGGCCGUACGCCUGCACGCUCUGCUCCAGGAGCUUCAUCGUCAAAUACAGUCUCAAGUUACACAUGAAGAAAUGCCAUCCCAACGUCUGAGUGAAUGAACGUGUGCAGGUCUCAUUCCAAAAUGUUCUGUUCUGUAAAUACACAGUUUUAAAAGGAAGAAAUGUUAUUUAACACUCACAAAUAAUAAGUUUUACAAAUGUGCAGAAGACACAUUGAGUUUCAAGGUUUUAGAUGAUUUAAAGUCUGUUCUUUUAAAGAAUGAGUUUAACUUUGAGCUGCAAUAAUUAGUCUAUUAAACAACUAUUUUGUUAACUGAAGUUAUUUUUAAAGCAUUUGAACAAAUAAUGUUUGUUGCUUCUCAAGUUUGACUUUCUUUUGUUAGCUUUAUAGUACACUGAAUAUCUGUAGGUGUCGCUCAGUUAAAAUGACAUUUGAGGACGUCACAUUGGGCUUAAAGAAAUGUUUCAAUUUUUAAUGCUGAAAAGACCAAAUAAUUAAUCGAGGAUAUAACUGGCAGAUUGGAGAAUCUAAAAAUAAAAGGUGCCUGAUUUUGGAAUGAAACUUUACUCAGUCUCUGCUGUUAUAAAGUCUACAGGUGUAACAGUGUACAGGUACAAAAGGUUAAUAGUUGUGUAAAAAGCAAAAGCACCGUCUUAUAAGGUUUGUGUCAUUCUUUGUUAAUAAAACAAAUUUUAAAAGUG